AUGCCUACACUCCUAUCAAGAAUCCUAAAGAGGGUGGGACUAGAGGUAGUACACAUUGCUGUUGUCCGCCACUCUCGUCAAGGCGACCGACGGAUUUUCCAAUCCUCCUUUCCUCGAAAUUACUGGACGGAUGUCACUGUGACCGAAAGUGAAAACGAGAAGAAAUGGGCAGGCUCAAUCAGGGCCACAAUCGAGAAAGAGAUCCGAACGAUGGAUGAUCACACUCACUGGCGCUGUCGCGCGGUUACUGUCAGUCCAAGAGACCCCAACCGGAUCAGGAUCGCGUGUCGCGAUGAAGCCGAGCACCAGCUGGUCAAGGAAGUGGCGGAAGCAAAGAUCGGGAGGGGAGCCCGGGUGCUCCGGGACGAGCUCUACCCGAUCAAGGUCGACAGCGUCAAGAGGGCUGCGGUACUGGGUGAAAACCAUGACAUUCUGACAGGAGCAGCGGCCGCCCUUGGUGAGGAGAAUGAAACUACUGUCGCCAAGAUGACAUGGCUUAGCAGCAAGGAGGCUGCGAAGCCAUAUGGAUCAAUGGUCGUGUACCUCACCAAAGGCACUGACGCGCGAAGGCUCCUGGCCGACGGAUACUUCCACGUUGGAGGGGAAUUGGGACAACCAGCGUCUUUGAAUAUCGACCACGACCGGUGCAAUGCUACAACUGCCAAGAGAUUGGUCACAAGGCAUUCCAAUGCAAGAAGAUCCAAAAGUGCGCAAAAUGCGCCACGGAGGGCCAUCACUACAGUCGCUGCGACCAAGGGGUUCCAAAGUGCGUUCCGUGCGGUGGGCCACAUGAAUCGUUUAGCAAGAACUGCCGGAAGCUCUACCCAUCACGUCAUGAAUAAACCACUUCGAAUGAUCCAAUUGAAUGUGAGGAAGCAGGGUGCAGUCCUUGAAAGCUUGAUGAACGACGAAGAAACCAAGGGCGCAGUGGCGUUAGCGAUUCAGGAACCCCAGGCGAGGAGGAUCCAGGGCCGGCUCUUGACCACCCCGAUGGGACACCACAGAUGGACGAAGAUGGUCCCCUCCACUUGGAGGGAAGGCAGAUGGGCGAUCCGAAGCAUGCUUUGGGUGAAUAAAGACAUAGAAGCGGAGCAAGUGGCUAUAGAAUCCCCGGAUCUGACAGCGGCGAUCGUCCGGCUACCCGAACGGCUGAUCUUCAUGGCAUCGGUCUACGUCGAAGGCGGAGAGGCCUCGGCGCUAGAAGACGCAUGCGAUCACCUAAGAAAGGCAAUCUUAAAGGUGCGACGAGACACGGGCGCUGUGGUGGAUAUCAUGAUCAUGGGAGACUUCAACCGCCAUGACCAACUCUGGGGCGGAGACGAGGUGUCCCUGGGAAGACAGGGCGAAGCGGACCCAAUCAUUGACCUCAUGAUCGAAUUUGCUCUUAGCAGCUUGCUCAAACGAUGUACAAAAACAUGGCACGGUGGGGGACAGAGCGGGGACUGCGAGUCGACCAUCGACCUCGUCCUAGCCUCUGACAAUUUGACAGACCUAAUGACCAAAUGUGUAAUACACGGGACUGAACAUGGCUCGGAUCACAGGACGAUCGAGACUGUGUUCGAUGCAUCGUGGUCAGCCCCGGAGCAUCAGGAACGACUUCUUCUGAAAAACGCGCCGUGGAACGAGAUUAAUGCUAGAAUUGCGAGCACCCUGGCCGCCACUCCGUCAGAGGGCACAGUACAGCAGAAAGCCGAUCGACUAAUGUCCGCGGUCUCGGACGCGGUUAUAUCACUUCCAAUCCCUGACGUAAGGUUCAGCCACCGUGAUACUCAACACAGUACUCGGCCUCUAGUCAACUGUUCCAGAUCACGGGGCCUAGAUCUAAAGUCUCGUGGCCACAGCUCCUCAACCACGGACCCAUAUCUCCAGACUUGA